CACACGCGAAAGGUCCCCGGUUCGAAACCGGGCGGAAACAGCGUUGUUGUUCUUUUUCCCCCCCUACCUGUGUGGAUUUCCUUUAAAACUCCAUUUAUUUAAAAACUCUUCACGCCUCCUUUUCUUGUCUCUCUUGCCCCAGGCUGUGGUGCUGAAGCGACGCUGCUCAAGGUGGGUCCGGAGCCCGCGGCCCCGGGGGCGGACACAAGCAUCGCGAGGGGGAGAACCGGGCUGUCCCCGGCUCUGCAAGGCGGCCCGACGCCCGCAGCCCCGGAAGCGCAUCCUCGCCUUGCCUUCCUGUUCCCGGCAGCGCCCGGCUCCGGGCGUCUCUUCGCUGGCCCACUGUCCGCGCCGGCCCUGCCCCAGCCGAGAGCACCUGCGCGGCAGGCCCGCAGCUGGCAGCCUCGCGCCCCUCACACGGCCGCGAGACUCGGGACACUGAAUGGUUUCCAGGUUUUUGAAAUUACAGGGUUGCUAGAAACAUUCUUGUAGGGGUCUCCUGUGCACAGCCCCAAGAAUUCCUCCAGAAAUCUUUCUAGGAGCAGUGAGGAAGACAGAAGAACCACUUGGGCUGGUAAAGCCAUCUGCCAGGCACUACUGCCACCAUGCCCAAGAGAAAGGCAAAAGGAGAUGCUAAAGGUGACAAAGCAAAGGUGAAGGAUGAGCCACAGAGGAGAUCGGCACGGUUGUCUGCUAAACCUGCCCCUCCAAAACCAGAGCCCAGGGCAAAAAAGGCCCCUGCAAAGAAGGGAGAGAAGCUGGCCAAAGGGAGAAAGGGGAAAGCAGAAGGCAACAAAGAUGGGAACAACCCUGCAAAAAACCGAGACGCCUCCACAGUCCAGUCACAGAAAGCAGAAGGCACCGGGGAUGCCAAGUGAAGUAUACAUUUUUGAUAGCUCUGUACUUCUAGUGACUCUACUGUUUGAAAUACUAUUUUUUUUAAAUCAAAUUUUGUAAAAACGUAGAUUUUUUUUUUUUAAGUUAUGUUGUUAGCACACAAGACGCUUUGUUGUUAUCUUUUGUGGAAAGGGCAAAAUAACCACUAGUAGAAUGUUUCAGAAGCUGGAUUGAAAUGGGGGAAAACAGAAUUUUCUAUCGUAUUUGAAGAUUAUUCUUGGUUCCCAGGAGAGAUUCUCCGACAUUCACACAUGACAGCCACUAUGGCUCAGAAGCCUUACCGUGUGGGGAAGCAAAACUUCAUGUCUUCUCCUUUCCUGAUGCCAUCAAAAACACAUCCUUGACUUCCUGAAACCAAGAGUCAUGAUGCGGCCUUGGCACCCCUAGAAUCAGCUGCGUCAGGUAACAACACUCAGGAUUUCUAGUGAUGACAUCAAGAUGGUAUUGCUCAAAAGAGCCAGGAUUCCUGUUUGUAGUUUGUGGAUCAUCUAAUUAAUAGUCCUGGAGUUUUUAAUUCCUUUCCUCCAUGUCAGAGGUGACCUGUGAAAAGCUCUUAUAUGCCUCAUGUGAAAUAUUCACCCUUUCUGAAAACCUUUCCUGUUCAUUGCAGCAACAGACUUUGCUGACUUUUUGGAGAGGGGAGUUUGAAAGUUGUAAGAUGUUACGGAUUGUCACCCAUGUCCUGCUGGAAGUAACUAUUUUUGAAAAGUAUCUUAUAAAGCUGGAUACAAGUUGGCUUCAUGGGAGGGGAGGGAUCAUUUCCUACUCCAAGUCAUAAAGAUAUCCUUUACUGCCUUGUAAAAGUUUUAUAGUUUUGCUUUUCACAUUUGUCUUUAGUCUUCCCUGAACUGAUUUUUGCAAAAAUAUGAGAUAGUAAUUCAAUAUAAUAUUUUUUCCAUAUGGUAAGUGGUUGUCCCAACCACUUGGUUGUCCCAACUUUUCUGAAAAGUUCAUCCUUUCCCCACUGAUCUGUAAUAGUGGCUUUUUUCAUAAAUCAAGUUUCUUUCGCACGGGGCGGGGGUGGGGGGAGCUGGAAGAGGUCUGUUGAUGGUUUCGAUUCUGACUCACUGGUCAGUUUGUCUAACCUUGUGGCAAUACUAUACAAUCCUGAGUACUACAACUUUAGAAAAAGGUCUUGAUAUCUCAGGACAAAUACCACCUCCACCUUUAACAUCACCACCAAACUUUUCUUCGUUCGAGUAUCUUGGCUAUAUUCUUAGCCAACUGCUUUUCCAUAUAACUUCUAGAAUUAGAUUGACAAGUUCCAAAUCAAACUAACAAAAGGUGGAAUUUUUAUUGGAUUUGUAUUAAAUUUAUAGAUUAAUUAUAAUAUUGAGUCUUCCAAUCCAUGAACAUGGUAUAAUUCUCCAUUUAUUUAGGCUUUCUAAAUGUCUUUCAAUAAAGUUUUAUAAUUUUCUCCAUAAACGUUUUCUUUUGUUAAUAUUUCUUAGGGACUGUACACUUUUGGAUGCUACUUUAUAUGGUAUGUUUUUAGUUGCUACAUUUUCUGUUUUCAGCUAAUUUUUAUGUUCAACAACCUUGCUAAAACUCAUUAAUUCUUAUGUCUGUGUAUUCUUUGGGGCUUUCUACAUAGAUAACUAUAUUCUUUUUGUUUUGUUUCUUCACAGUCAUUGUACCUUCUUUUCCUUUUUCUAGUUCUAGGCAUUGUCUAAGUGCUGGAGGUACAACAGUGAACAAAACAAAGUCUCUGCUUUCACCAAGCUUAUACUCUAGUGGGGGAGGGUGCAGAAGAUGCACAAAUGUAUGUGACAGGGUGCUUUAAAUAAACAAGUGUAAGUGGGUGCUAUUUAGAUAGGGUGAUUAGAGAAGUCCUCUCUGAUGAGAUGACAUUUGAGCAGAGCUCUUAAUGAAGUAAAAGAAUAAGCUCUUAAUGAAGUAAAGGAAUAAGAGACUGACUCUGAGGGGAAAACAUUCCAGCAGAGGAAAAAGCAAAUGCACAGAUGAGGUAAAAAUAUGUUUGGCAGGGCUUCCCUGGUGGCGCAGUGGUUGAGAGGCCGCCUGCCGAUGCAGGGGAUACGGGUUCGUGCCCCGGUCUGGGAGGAUCCCACGUGCCACGGAGCGGCUGGGCCCAUGAGC